UAGUUUGUCUCUGCGGUCUCUGCCAGGUCUCUGCAACUCUCUGCUUUCAUGUGAUAGAAAAGCAGAAAGGGAAGUGUGGAGGUGCGUGGUUCGUAAUCUGAAAUUUAUAAUGGCACCUCGGUAUGAGUUGGCAGUAGGCCUUCGUAAGGGACACAGGACUACCAAGAUACGUGUAGGCAAGACUAAGCAGGACAAGAAACAUACUAUUCGGCCAUCUAGGUUGAAAGGUAUUCAGACAAAGCAUACAAAAUUUGUUCGAGAUCUUAUCCGAGAAGUGUGUGGCCAUGCUCCAUAUGAAAAGCGUGCAAUGGAAUUGCUGAAAGUUUCAAAGGAUAAGAGGGCCCUGAAGUUCUUGAAGAGAAGGCUGGGUACUCAUAUUCGUGCCAAGAGGAAGCGUGAGGAGCUCAGCAACAUCCUCACCCAGAUGAGAAAGGCUCAGGCCCAAGCAAAAUAACUGCUUAAUGUAAAUGUGUGUGUUCCCUCUAAUAAAAUGUGAAACAAAUUAUGAA